AAUAAUUCUGGUGUCUGGUUGUUUAUAAUCAACAGUGUGUGUAAACCCAGUAAUUCUGGUGCCUGGUUGUUUAUAAUCAACAGUGUAUGUAAAUCCAGUAAUUCUGAUGUCGGGUUGUUUAUAAUCAACAGUGUAUGUAAACCCAGUAAUUCUGGUGUCUGGUUGUUUAUAAUCAACAGUGUGUGUAAACCCAGUAAUUCUGGUGUCUGGUUGUUUAUAAUCAACAGUGUGUGUAAACCCAAUAAUUCUGGUCUCUGGUUGUUUAUAAUCAACAGUGUGUGUAAACCAAGUAAUUCUGGUGUCUGGUUGUUUAUAAUCAACCGUGUGUGUAAACACAGUAAUUCUGGUGUCUGGUUGUUUAUAAUCAACAGUGUAUGUAAACCCAGUAAUUCUGGUGUCUGGUUGUUUAUAUCAACAGUGUGUGUAAACCCAGUAAUUCUGGUGUCUGGUUGUUUAUAA